AGGGAGAGAGAGAGAGAAGAUCGCAGAUGACUGGGGGAGACUCGCAGAGACAAGGGGAGAAACAGCCCGACCCUUUCCUGACUGCAGCAGGUUUCCCUCUCGCUCAGGUCCGUCUGGCUCCAGCCCUACAUGCGGUGCCUCUUCCUUAGGUCGGCGAGGGUCCAGGGAGACGUGAUGUUGUAAAAAAAUCCAUGUGGGACAGGAGACAGAGGAAAUGAUUUGAAAGAUUUUUAAUCAGAAACAUUUUCUGAUGCAGCCUAUGAAGAGUAAGCAGUGAAAACCCUGGCCAGAUUAGCAAGUGGAAUCGUUGACCAAAUCUCAAACCUUAGUAUAGCCCAUCUUAUAUUCAGUAGUACUUCACGAUCAAAGAAUCAUGUAUGGAAGCGCGAGAACAAUCAGUAAUUUGGAAGGCAGCCCCUCUAGGUCCCCACGUCUGCCAAGAUCUCCUCGUUUGGGCCACCGAAGAACAAACAGUGGAGGAGGUGGAGGAACAGGUAAGACUCUAUCAAUGGAGAACAUCCAAUCCCUUAAUGCGGCCUAUGCAACGUCCGGACCGAUGUAUCUAAGUGAUCAUGAGGGGGUGGCAUCUACUACUUUUCCAAAGGGCACCAUGACUCUCGGAAGGGCCACAAAUCGAGCUGUAUAUGGGGGCCGAGUGACCGCCAUGGGGAGCAGCCCUAAUAUUGCUUCAGCUGGACUUUCCCACACUGAUGUGCUUUCCUACACCGAUCAGCAUGGAGGCCUGACCACUUCAUCGCAUCAUCACCACCAUCAGGUUCCCUCUAUGUUGAGGCAGGUAAGGGAUAGCACCAUGCUAGAUCUGCAGGCUCAGCUUAAGGAGCUACAGAGGGAAAAUGACCUCCUCAGGAAAGAGCUGGACAUUAAGGAUAGUAAGUUGGGAUCUUCUAUGAAUAGUAUCAAGACUUUCUGGAGUCCUGAGCUCAAGAAGGAGAGAGUCUUGAGGAAAGAGGAAGCGGCCCGGAUGUCAGUACUCAAGGAGCAGAUGAGGGUUUCUCAUGAAGAAAAUCAGUUUUUGGAUGCCAGGAGAACAAAGCAUCUGCAGCUAACAAUACAAGCUCUUCAAGAUGAACUUCGAACCCAGAGAGACCUUAAUCAUCUUCUUCAACAAGAAAGUGGAAACCGAGGUGCUGAACAUUUUACCAUUGAGCUAACAGAGGAGAAUUUUAGAAGGCUCCAAGCAGAACAUGAUCGUCAGGCUAAAGAACUGUUCCUUUUGCGGAAAACUCUUGAAGAGAUGGAGUUGAGGAUUGAAACCCAAAAGCAGACACUCAGUGCCCGAGACGAAUCUAUUAAAAAGCUUCUAGAAAUGUUGCAAAGUAAAGGCUUGCCAUCCAAAGGCACGGAAGAUGACAAUGAAAGGACUCGAAGGAUGGCAGAGGCUGAAUCUCAGGUUAACCAUUUAGAAGUGAUUCUAGACCAGAAAGAAAAAGAAAACAUCCAUCUUAGAGAGGAACUACACAGAAGAACUCAACUUCAGCCUGAACCUGCUAAGACAAAGGCUCUUCAGACAGUCAUAGAGAUGAAGGAUACAAAAAUUGCUUCACUGGAACGAAACAUAAGAGAUCUUGAGGAUGAAAUCCAGAUGUUAAAAGCCAAUGGCGUUCUGAACACAGAGGACCGAGAAGAAGAGAUCAAACAAAUAGAGGUUUACAAAAGUCAUUCUAAGUUCAUGAAAAAUAAGAUUGAUCAACUGAAGCAGGAACUUUCAAAGAAAGAAUCAGAACUUCUUGCCUUACAAACAAAGCUUGAAACCCUUAGCAAUCAAAAUUCAGAUUGCAAGCAACACAUUGAAGUGCUUAAAGAGUCGCUUACUGCCAAAGAACAGAGAGCUGCCAUACUUCAGACAGAGGUCGAUGCACUGAGAUUACGCUUGGAAGAAAAAGAAUCGUUUCUCAAUAAAAAAACAAAACAGCUGCAGGACCUCACGGAAGAGAAAGGCACGCUGGCUGGAGAGAUCCGAGAUAUGAAAGACAUGUUAGAAGUAAAAGAAAGAAAAAUCAAUGUACUUCAGAAAAAGAUUGAAAAUUUGCAAGAACAACUUAGAGAUAAAGAUAAACAACUGACCAAUCUCAAGGAUCGAGUGAAGUCAUUGCAGACUGAUUCCAGUAAUACAGACACUGCAUUAGCAACUUUAGAAGAGGCUUUGUCUGAAAAGGAAAGAAUAAUAGAACGUUUGAAGGAGCAGCGAGAACGUGAUGAUCGAGAGAGACUAGAAGAAAUUGAAUCAUUUAGGAAAGAAAACAAAGACCUGAAAGAUAAGGUUAAUGCUUUACAAGCUGAACUUACAGAGAAAGAGUCUAGUUUAAUUGAUCUCAAAGAACAUGCAUCAUCUUUGGCAUCAGCAGGGCUGAAAAGAGACUCCAAAUUAAAGUCUCUAGAAAUAGCCAUAGAGCAAAAGAAAGAAGAAUGUAGUAAGUUGGAAGCACAGUUGAAAAAGCAAGCUGAGCAGUUGUUCAAUCAGAUGUACAAUCCAAAGCCAAUUAGGAAUAAUGGGAAACAAGGGGCUCAUAAUGUUGAAGACGAUUCAAGGAUGAACCCAGAAUUUGCUGACCGAAUAAAACAACUUGAUAAAGAGGCAUCUUACUAUCGGGAUGAAUGUGGCAAAGCUCAAGCUGAGGUGGACAGGCUCCUGGAGAUCCUUAAGGAAGUGGAGAAUGAAAAGAAUGAUAAAGACAAGAAAAUUGCUGAGCUUGAAAGCUUGACUUCCAGACAUAUGAAGGAUCAAAAUAAGAAAGUGGCCAACCUUAAGCAUAAUCAACAAAUGGAGAAAAAGAAGAAUGCCCAAUUACUAGAAGAAGUUCGUAGGAGAGAGGAUAACAUGACUGACAACUCUCAUGACCGAAUGCAGCUAGAAGAACUGAUGAAUGUGCUGGAAAAAACUAGACAAGAACUGGAUUCAACCAAAGCUCGCCUUGCCUCAACACAGCAGUCCCUGGCUGAAAAAGAAGCACACCUGGCAAACCUGAGAAUUGAAAGGCGAAAACAGCUGGAGGAGAUCCUGGAGAUGAAACAGGAAGCACUGCUUGCUGCGAUCAGUGAAAAAGAUGCAAAUAUUGCCUUGCUUGAACUGUCGGCCUCAAAGAAGAAGAAGACUCAAGAAGAAGUAAUGGCCCUUAAACGAGAAAAAGACAGAUUAGUACAUCAGUUAAAGCAGCAGGUUUAUAGAUCUAAGAAACAGCCCCAGGGCACCAACAUACCAUCCACUUGUGAUGCUGGAUUCAUCACAGACAUUGCUGUCAAGUACUACGGGUCCAGCCAUGAUGCACACAUGAUCCAAAAGUCUCAGACACAGAACAGAAUGAAACUGAUGGCAGACAAUUAUGAUGAGGAUCAUCACCAUCACCACCACCAUCAUCACCACCACCAUCACCGGUCUCCUGGGAGGUCCCAGCAUUCCAAUCACAGACCCUCUCCAGACCAGGAUGAUGAGGAGGGCAUUUGGGCAUAACGAGCCCCAAAAACCAAAGUUCCAGUUUUGUUUUGAGGGGUGAGAAAUCAUCUUUUAUAUCAUU